AUGGAUAUAUCGAAUAGUAUCGAUAUAUCGAAAAGUAUCGAUAUAUCCAUAAGUAUCCAUAAAUCGAUAAAUAUCGAAAAGUAUCGAAAAGAUAUCGAAAAGUACCGAAAAGAUAUCGAAAAGUACCGAAAAGAUAUCGAAAAGUACCGAAAAGAUAUCGAAAAGUAUCGAAAAGAUAUCGAAAAGUAUCGAAAAUAUAUCGAAAAGUAUCGAAAAGAUAUCAAAAAGUAUCGAAAAGAUAUCGAAAAGUAUCGAAAAGAUAUCGAAAAAUAUCGAAAAGUACCGAAAAGAUAUCCAAAAGUACCGAAAAGAUAUCGAACAGUACCGAAAAGGUAUCGAAAAGUACCGAAAAUAUAUCGAAAAGUAUCGAAAAGAUAUCGAAAAGUAUCGAAAAGAUAUCGAAAAGUAUCGAAAAGAUAUCGAAAAGUAUCGAAAAGAUAUCGAAAAUAUCGAAAAGAUAUCGAUAAGUAUCGAAAAGAUAUCGAUAAGUAUCGAAAAGAUAUCGAUAAGUAUCGAAAAGAUAUCGAUAAGUAUCGAAAAGAUAUAGAUAAGUAUCGAAAAGGUAUCGAUAAGUAUCGAAAAGAUAUCGAAAAGUAUCGAAAAGAUAUCGAAAAGUAUCGAAAAGACAUCGAAAAGUAUCGAAAAGAUAUCGAAAAGAUAUCGAAAAGUAUCGAAAAGAUAUCGAAAAGUAUCGAAAAGAUAUCGAAAAGUAUCUAUAUAUAUCGAAAAUACCGAAAAGAUAUCGAAAAGUACCGAAAAGAUAUCGAAAAGUACCGAAAAGAUAUUGAAAAGUACCGAAAAGAUAUCAAAAAGUACCGAAAAGAUAUCGAAAAGUACCGAAAAGAUAUCGAAAAGUACCGAAAAGAUUUCGAAAAGUACCGAAAAGAUAUCGAAAAGUACCGAAAAGAUAUCGAAAAGUACCGAAAAUAUAUCGAAAAGUACCGAAAAGAUAUCGAAAAGUACCGAAAAGAUAUCGAAAAGUACCGAAAAGAUAUCGAAAAGUACCGAAAAGAUAUCGAAAAGUACCGAAAAGAUAUCGACAAGUACCGAAAAGAUAUCGAAAAGUACCGAAAAGAUAUCGAAAAGUAUCGAAAAGAUAUCGAAAAGUAUCGUUAA